AAGAGACCGACGAAAUAAGGAACUAGCAAGCAAAGAGAAAGCUCAAACCUACGCCCCGAAUCGCUGAUACAAUCGGAAUCGAAGUACAAGACAUGGCGAGUGGUGAUGAGCUGAAGCUGCUGGGCGUAUGGGGGAGCCCCUGGGUUUCCAGAGUGAGAAUUGCGCUCCACCUCAAGGGCCUGAGCUAUGAGUACGUCGAGGAGGACCUCGACAACAAGAGCGAGCUGUUCCUGCGGUCCAACCCGGUGCACAAGACGGUGCCCGUGCUCAUCCACGACGGCAAGCCCAUCUGCGAGUCGCUUAUCAUCGUGCAAUACAUCGACGAGGCCUUCGCCAGCACCGGCCCCUCCCUCCUCCCUGCCGAUCCCCACGAACGCGCCGUUGCUCGCUUCUGGGCUGCCUACAUCGACGACAAGCUAGCGGUGCCGUGGGUACAGGUGUUCAGGGCCAAGACGGAGGAGGACAAGGCCGAGGGGACGAAGAACAUGCUCGCGGCGGUGGAGACGCUGGAAGGGGCCGUCAGGGAUUGCUGCAAGGGGAAGCCCUUCUUCGGCGGUGACAGCGUCGGGUACUUGGACGUCGUGCUAGGCGGGAUCCUCUCGAUGCUUCACGGAACCAAGGCGUUGUGCGGUGUCGAGCUCUUGGACGCCGACAGGACGCCGCUCCUGUUGGCGUGGGCACAACGCUUCGGCGCACUGGACGCCGCCAAGGCCUUUCUGCCGGACGUCGGCAAGCUAGUCGAGGUCGCAAAGAUGAGGCGCGCGCAGCUGGCUGCUGCUGCUGAGGCUACGAAGAACUACACCACACCGGAGAUUAAGUCCAAGUCAAGGACAUACUCACUCCCCCCAGUUCGCACAGCAAUGGCAGGAGAAGCCUCUGGAGGGGAAGAGGCAGACCUGACGCUGCUGGGCGCGUGGCCGAGCCCGUUCGUGAUCAGGGCGCGCCUCGCGCUCAACCUCAAGGGCCUCGCCUACAGCUACGUCGAAGAGGAGGACCUCUUCGGAAACAAGAGCGAGCUCCUCCUCAGAUCCAACGCGGUGCAUAAGAAGGUGCCCGUGCUCAUCCACGACGGCAGGCCCGUCUGCGAAUCGCGGAUCAUCGUGGAGUACGUCGACGAGGUGUUCCCGGCCAGCGGCCCACGCAUCCUACCCGUCGACCCGCACGACCGCGCGGUGGCUCGCUUCUGGGCCGCCUACGUCGACGACAAGUUGCUGAGCACGUGGAUAACCGUGUACAGCGGCAGGACGAGCGAGGAGAGGGCGGAGGCGGCGAGGCAGGUCGUCGCGGUGCUGGAGACGUUCGAGCGAGCGUUCGAGGAGUGCUCCAGGGGGGAGGCGUUCUUCGGCGGGGACAGCGUCGGGCUAGUGGACGUCGUGCUCGGCGGCUUCCUUGGGUGGCUGCGCGCGUCCGAGGCGAUGUGUGGCGUGAAGACCAUCGACCACGCCAGGACGCCGCUCCUGGCGGCGUGGGCGGAGCGGUUCUGCGCGCUCGACGGCGUCAAGGAGGUGAUACCUGACGUGCAGAGGCUGGUGGAGUAUAACAAGAUGAGGCGGGCUCGCCUUGGGCUGCCAUAGCUGCUGGCCUGGCAGCCUGCUGCCACACGGGAGCACCAUUAGUCAGCAAGCUGGAUCGUGGCAAAUAACUUCUUCUAGAGGGAUGGCACUCCCACAGUCGGAGCAACCAGACUUUCCUUUCGUAUUACUCUUUCUGUUCCUAAAAUAUAGAGAAUUGGAUCAUGGCAAAUAACUUCUUCUAUUCUACUCUACGGGAUCUUACGGAGAAGGAACAGGAUAAAUACAGAAGUUAAACGAGCAUCCCA